AGUGUAUAAAGCGAUGGAAGAUGCAGUGAAUGAAUCCACACCUUGCGUUGUGAUGCAAUUGUGCUGGGUUGCAUUUAAUCAAAUACCUAUUGUGGAUGUCUCCUAUCGUACGGAUUGGGAAACCAGGGCAUGGUCUGUCUAUUCUCGCUUUAUGUGCUCUGAAUAUCUUCACCCAGAACAACCGGAGGCACCUAGUUUUAUUCAUGAUAUAUUGUGUAUAGCAGCACACACACCAGAAGUAGCUACCGAUAAAAAGGCAAGAUAUACAAAGACAAUGAGCGUUUACCAAUUGUUGGUUAGAUUAAAUUUUGAUAAACUCUUGUGUGACAAUCGUGUGCUAGAACCGUUACUUUGUACUUUUUUACUGGAGUGUAAAGGAACACCUACACAUAUUGUCGAUAUCUGCAAGGAAGCAUUUGAAAUACGGAAAAGAAAACGAGCCUUUCAGCAUGAAAUACAUCCAAAGGUGCCCUUUUCGCUGAUAUGGGGAUAUCUUAUUUUGUGCCUAAAGGCAGGUGAUGAAAUACACUUGCCGAGUGUUUUGAUGGAUAUUAUGGAAUACCUGAAUGCCAAUAUAAAAGUGCCAUCUACUUUAUUAGCACCAGUACAGAAAUUUCAUGACAAAUAUAUUUGUCAGCAAAACACAUGUUAUUUUGACCAAUACAUGUUUAAACAUAUUGAAUAUACAGAGAAUUUGGAGGAUAGAGAUACGCCCGAAGACAUGAAUGAAUAUGGCAUUCUGUGUCUACCUUCACCGCUUAUUCACCAUACCAAUAUACAGGAGCCUGAAGAACCCACCAUAGCCGAGGCAGUCAUGAUGGGACCAGGACGAGACGAAAUCAUAUCAGAUAGGCAAAUGUAUCAUUCCAGCAACAAGGCAAAAGCUCUAAUUAGACAUGUAUGUAAUACACUUACAGAUCGUCAAGCAUCAUUAUAGGCUUUUUUUCCCACGUGAUCCAACCCUAUUGUAACAGAAGAAACUUGUAUUUCUUCUCACCCUUUUUUUCUUUUUCUUUUUUUCUUUCUUUUCUCUCUUUUUUUUUUGAUAUAAACAAUGGGUAACGUUCCUUCCAAAAA